AGAGAGGUUCGUUUUCCCUUACGCGUGGCUUCUGAUCAUCAUCAUCCACAGUAUUUUGAAACAGUUUUGUUGAUUUGAAUUGUUGCCGUCGUGAUCGUUGCUGUGUGUUAGUGUUCAAAGCCUGAUAGAGAGGCUCUCUAAGUACAGUGACAAGUACACCAAGUGAUCAAUUGGUGUUGUCGCCGCCGUAUUUUUUUCGAUAUCCACACGUUCGAACGACGAAGAGCACGCGAGAGAGCGAGAAAGAACAUCGAGCCGAGUGAACGAGCGCGUCUGUCUGUCGGUAAAGUCACGUGGCUGCAUUGCCCGCCGAGCGAACGACUCCUUUUUUCGGAUGGCGUUCCAACAGCCGCGCCGAGUAGGCAGAAAAAAGUGCUCGUAGAAACAGCACCAUUAUAGGCGCAGAAACAAAAUUGUUUAUUGCAUAUUGUGUAGUUUGUCCAGUGUUUAGGGUACGACUAUGAGUGACGGAGUGUGAGUGUUCCCCGCCAAACCAUCCUCACGUUUGUGAACGAUUUGACGUUGAUAUUUCUUCUUGCAAGUGUUAGCACCAUACAGGCAACGUGUUGUCGGCGAAUAAGAAGAAGCGGUCAGAAGAGAAAAUGUACCCGAGCGCCGGAAUGAAUGCGGCCGCCGUGGUGGCGGCUGCAGCUGCCAGGCAUCCGGGUCCACCGCAGCCCGGGCAGCAGUUCAAAUUCACAGUGCUCGAGUCCUGCGAUCGAAUCAAAGAGGAAUUCAAUUUUCUCCAGGCACAGUACCACAGCUAUAAAUUGGAGUGCGAGAAACUAGUCAGUGAACGAUUAGAGAUUCGGAAUAUUUACCAAAUGUAUUACGAAAUGUCAUAUGGCCUCAACGUUGAAAUGCAUAAACAGACGGAAAUAUCGAAGAGGUUGAACGCCAUAAUUGCGCAAAUCCUGCCGUUCUUGUCGUCGGAUCAUCAGGUGCAAGUCGGCACUGCGGUCGACAGGGCGAAACAAGUGACCAUGACCGAGCUCAAUGCCAUCAUUGGACAACAGAGGCCUGACUUGCCGAGGUUACUGCAACAGAUGCAUGCUCAGCAGUUGCCCCCGGGUGCAACAAUAGGUCCACACCCAGGUUUACCGACAUUGCCAGGCUUAGGUCCAGGCGGUGGCCUACAAGUGCCAACAUCGGCAUCAGCAGCACUGCUCGGUCUUGGAUUGCAACCUGGUGCCGGGGCUGCACCAUCCGGCUCGUCGCACCCACUCAAUAUGCUUGCCAAACCUGAAUUGCACCGCGGACAACCAGACGAUCUCAAGACCAACGGCGGUAAGUGUUUUUCAAGUUUUUAAUGCAUCCCUCUAGACGCGAGUUUGAAAGCUUUUCCGUAACAACGUCAACGGCUUGACCUUCUUUUCUCUCUC